AUGCGUUCUCAGAUUCAGUCCGAUGUCGCUUCACUGACGUCACGAAGAGACAUGGAUGAAGAUGAUCUUGCUCGAGAGCCAUCAAAGCCAGUGCAUCCAGCCGUUGAUCGCCACUGGCAAUCGCUAGCCGGACAACUAUCUGCUUUCGAUCGAUCGACAUGUGAAAGCAUGUCUUGGGUCUCCAAGUACGCGCCGAUGUCAUCACCAGAAGUGUUACAACCAGGCAGAGAGGUCGCUCUGUUGAAGCAAUGGCUUGAAAUGCUGCGCGUCCAGGGAGUUGAAAGCGCCGGUGACGGCUCUGCGAAAUCGAAGAGCGAGACCAGAAGGAAAAAGCGCAAGAGCAAGCUCGACGGUUUCAUUGUCGAUAGUGAAGACGAAAGUGGUGAAAUGAAUGAGUUAUCAGACUUGGAAGACCAGCCGCCAAGCGCGAAACGACGAUCACGACCUUCAGUGGCUAGAUCACUAAAUCUGGCAGGCAAAGAUCCGUCCAAGUUAGCGAACACGAUACUCAUCAGCGGCCCACAUGGCUCCGGCAAAUCGGCCUCGGUCUAUGCUGUAGCGAAAGAGCUCGGAUUCGAAGUAUUUGAAAUCAACUCCAGCACUCGCCGCAGCGGCAAGGAUAUUCUAGAAAGAGUUGGCGAUAUGACCCGCAAUCAUCUCGUCCAACAUCAUCAGUCCGAAGCCUCAGAGUUAACAGAAGCAACUGAAUCAGAAAUCAGCUCCGGAAAGCAAGGCAUGAUGACAUCCUUCUUCAAACCAAAGACUGUGGCAGAAAAGAAAAAGAAGCCUGGCAAAACCCGCACUGGGGUGGAUACUGGGGCCAAGAGCUCUUCAUCAAAGUCACAAAAGCAAUCGCUGAUUCUUCUGGAAGAGGUCGACAUAUUGUUCGAGGAGGACAAACAAUUUUGGGCAAGUUUGCAAUCAUUAAUGAGCCAGUCCAAGCGACCAUUUGUUCUUACCUGCAACGACGAAAGUGCGGUGCCGAUGAACACGCUUGAUCUACAUGGCAUAUUUCGCUUCUUGCCAGCGCCGGAGUCCCUCGCAGUGGACACAUGUCUUCUUAUUGCCGCGAAUGAAGGUCACGCACUGAAACGUAACGCGGUCCAGGCUCUCUAUCGGUGCCGAGAUUACGACCUACGCGCGACUAUUACCGACCUGCAAUUUUGGUGUCAGAUUGGCGUUGGAGACCGCAGAGGUGGCCAUGAUUGGUUCUACCUGCGCUGGCCCCAAGGAAUCGACCUCGACAAACAAGGUCAAGCAGUUCGCGUGAUCAGCGAAAAUACAUACGAGCCUGGUAUGGGUUGGUUAAGUCGCGAUCGCAUUAUAGCUGCGCCAGACACACCAGCCAUGGAGCGAGAAGCUGCUGAGCAGGCUUGGCAUUUUUGGCACCAAGAUUUGGGUGAUUGGCAUGUCAGCAAGGAUCUGAAAACCUUGGCCGCAGUCCUUCCAGCAGAAAUCCCGAAUCGGCGGCAAAGAAUACGGGUUCUUGAUGCCUACACAGAAUAUUACGAUAGUUUGAGCUCCGCCGAUAUUUGCGCAGCAGGAGUACUUGGCGUGGAGCUUGACGAGGUGCUUGACCCGACUCCGCCAGAAAUGCCAGAGGCCGCUCGACAUGAUUUUACCGUUGCUCAGGAGUUACUGGAGGCGGAUCCUCUCCAGCCUCAUUUCUGCUUGCGGGUCGGAGUUUCUUCGUCCAUCUCAGCUUUGGCACUCGACAACCUAAAAGCCUCCGCCACCGCUUUCUCAGCUGCCCUCAUCCGCAAAAAUGAUGCCUAUGGCGAACGAAAGACAAUCAGUAUUCUGGAAGAAGCAUUUGCUGGGGACAGUCGCAAGCUAACAAGAUAUGAUGUUGCUGUUGCUUUUGAUCCCAUAGCGGUGUCUCCAAAGGCUGUCACUAGCAUGAGCCUCGAGCCCUCUGUCUUCGAUCGCACAAUGACUAUCAUCGUAAUGGAAGUGGCGCCGUGGGUUCGCGGCAUAGUCCAUUAUGAUGAUCAUCUAAUGCAGGACAGGCAGCGCCUGAACGAGCUACUCGGUGACGGCGGCAGGCGCAAACGUAUGCGGACCACUCGCAGCGCGUACUCGGCCCUAGAGGGUGGUGAGCGUCGCACAACCAGAAAGGAGAGAUAUUUCGGAGAUUGCUUGUCGACAGAGGCAGUGAUGCACACUGCUGGAGAAGGCUGGCAACAGAUCUUACCUUCACGCGAGAAAUUAAUGGAAUCGGAGGACGAUCCUGCCAGCAGUCCAAUGUCGGUGGAAUAG